AUGCCAUUGUUUGAAGGAUGUUGUUCAAAUCCACCCAUUGAUCGAAAAAAAUCAACUGCAUAUAUACCAUCUACUUAUCAAUUAGAUGAUAAAUAUGAAAUCAAAAAACAACAACAACAACAACAAGAGGAGAAUAAUUGUCAGCCCAUAUCACCAUCAACAUCUGAACAUAUGCUACCAAAAUCGUUGCAUAAGAAGAAGAGCAGUUGUUGUUCACAUGGUAAUGAAAAAAAUUGCACAGUUCGAUUUAAUGAAGGAUUACUAACUGGUUCAACCGAAAUGCUUAAUGCAACAAAAUUUUAUCAGAAUUGUGCCAAUGAAGAUACGGAAAGUCAUUGGAUGGAAAUUUAUAACGAACAAAAAAUUAUUGAACAAAUAUCAUCUGGAAAUUAUGAAGAAAAUGAAGUAAUUGCUCCAAAAUUAUCAAUACAAUCUACAGUGGAAAUUGGUACACCAAGGAUGGAUAACAAUAAUGCAUUUUUAGAAAGGACACAUUCAGCUGAAUCAAAAAUAGAUGGAAAUUUCAAUGGAUAUUUACAACGUUGUCAUGAAAUGGAGAAUAUUGAUAAGGUUGCAUAUAAAGGAUAA